AUGAGAUACCAGCGUCUUACAACUCUCGGCGUUGCCGCUCUAGGCGCAGCCGCAUCGGUCUCUGCAAGCCCGCUCUUUCAAAGGGCUGAGAACCAGUGUCCUCCGGGAUACACCAUGAGCGUCUACUAUGUGACGGUCACUGCGUCCCCCACGCCUUCAAUUGAGCCCGUGACGACUCUCUCCUCGUCUUCGACCACCACGGUGACUACCACGGUGACCCCAGAGGCUCCUGCUAAGACCAGUUCAUCUCUGGAUGUUGAGUCUUCUGUGCCUGAGCGGACCCCGGUUGAGACACCUGUGGCCAGCGAACCCCCCGUUGUUCCAUCUUCCUCUAGCACGAAACAGAUUGUCGUUCCCACGGCCGAGCCUGUCCCUGUUCCCGUUCCCGAGCCUAUUGAGCCCGCCCCCAGCAGCACCAAGACAACUGUCGCAACAGAGCCACAUACCACUGCUGCUCCCCCCGUUGUUCCCUCUUCUUCUAGCACGAAACAGAUUGUCAUUCCCACGGCCGAGCCCGUCCCCGUCCCCGUUCGCGAGCCUAUUGAGCCCGCCCCCAGCAGCACCAGGACAACUGUUGCCACAGAGCCACAUACCACUGCUGCUCCCCCCGUGGCUGUGCCCCCUGCCACUGCCCCGCUUGCCGCUACCACCACCGCUGCCCCCCCUCCCCCCGCCAGCCGCCCGGCCGGCUCAAACUCCGGCAAAGCCACCUUCUACGGAGGCAAUGUGUCCGGCGGCACCUGCUCUUUCAGCGGCUACAAGCUCCCCGCUGGCCUCUUCGGCACCGCUCUCUCCAAGGCUCGCUGGUCCGACGCCGCAGAAUGCGGUGCCUGUGUCUCCGUGACCGGUCCUAACGGCAACUCCAUCAAGGCCAUGAUCGUCGACCAAUGCCCCGAGUGCGAGUCCAACCACCUCGACCUCUUCCAGGACGCCUUCGCCGAACUCGCCGACAUCUCCAAGGGCAUCAUCGGCAUCGACUGGUCCUACGUCCCCUGCGAGAUCGACUCGCCCCUCGUCCUCAAGAACAAGGAGGGUACCUCCCGCUACUGGUUCUCCAUGCAGGUGGUCAACGCCAACGAGCCCGUCGCCUCGCUCGAGGUCAGCACCAACGGCGGCAGCACCUGGCAGCCCACCACGAGAACUUACUACAACUUCUUCGAGAAUGCCAGCGGGUUCGGUGCCGACACCGUCGAUGUGCGUGUGACGGGUGUGUCUGGCAAGAGCCUCACGGUGAAGAACGUCGGCGUUGGCUCUAGCUCGUCGGUGACUGCUUCGUCGAAUCUGUAG